GCAUGACGCUGACUUGACUUCACUUGUCAAAAUGGCGUUGUCGGUUGUGAGGGGCUGGAGUUAGUUUGUAUCGUUCAGCGUCAUUCAUUGAUAUAUCUGGGAAACACGCAGAUUAUUAGCCACUGGCGAUAUGGCGACACUGGACCAGAAGUCGCCUAACGUGCUUCUCCAGAGUCUGUGCUGCAGAAUAACGGGGAAGAGCGAAGCUGAAGUUGCUCAUCAGUUCCAAUAUGCAGUCCGAGUCAUUGGUAGCAACUACGCCCCCACAAUCGAAAGGGAUGAGUUCCUGGUGUCCGAGAAGAUCAAGAAGGAAUUGGUAAAGCAAAGGAGAGAAGCAGAUGCUGCUCUGUUCUCAGAGCUGCAUAGGAAACUUCAGACACAGAGCGUUCUGAAACAUCGAUGGUCUGUUCUCUACUUGCUGCUCAGCCUCUCUGAAGACCCGCGAAAACCAUCCAACAGGGUUGGGAACCAUGCAGCAUUGUUUGCACAGCCCCUUCCCAGGGACGCCCACUCCACCCCAUUCUACUGCACCCGACCCCAGAGCCUGCCCCUUGGCUAUGGGGACAGGACAGUGGGCCUGUCAACCAGCGUGGGGACCAGCGGCAUCUCCAGCAUGGGCGUCUACACGCUCAACGGGCCCACGCCAACACCGCAGUCACUGCUGGCUGGUCAACCCCCGCUGUCUGCAGUGGGACCGGGACAGUCUCUGGGCUCUCGACUUGCCUGGACACUUCCUGUAAGUGCAUCCCCCCCCUCCGCUCUGGCACCAGCCGCCACGCGACCACUGCUUGGUCCUCAGGCUCCCUCACCCAGAGUCGUCCGCCCUCGGCGAGAGGGCGAAGCCGUUGGUGAGGUGAACGAAGCGGCUCUGGUGCGGGACAUCCUCUACAUCUUCCAGGGAAUCGAUGGCAAGUUCAUCAAGAUGAACGCUCAGGAGAACUGUUACAAGAUGGACAGCAAGGUGGUGCUGUGCAAGUCCCUAAGGGACACCAGCAGCAGACUGGCUGAGCUCGGCUGGCUCCACAACAAAGUCAGGAAAUACACCGAUGCCAGAAGUCUGGACCGAGCCUUUGGGCUGGUCGGACAGAGCUUCUGUGCCUCGCUCCACCAGGAGCUGAAGGAGUACUACAGGCUGCUGUCUGUCCUCCACUCGCAGUUGCAGGUGGAGGAUGACCAGGGUGUGAACAUGUGCACCGAGAGCAGCCUGACUCUCAGGAGGCUGUUGGUCUGGAUGUACGACCCCAAAGUGCGCCUCAAGACGCUGGCUGCUCUCGUCGACUUCUGCCAAGGCCGUAAGGGGGGCGAGCUGGCCUCGGCCGUCCACGCCUAUGGGAAAACCGGAGACCCGCAGAUGAGAGCGCUGGUCCAGCACAUCCUCAGCCUGGUGUCGCACCCCAUCCUCAACUUCCUCUACAGGUGGAUCUACGACGGGGAGCUGGAGGACACGUACCACGAGUUCUUUGUGGCAUCAGAUCCCAACGUGAAGACUGAUCGUCUGUGGCACGACAAGUAUUCCCUCAGGAAGUCGAUGAUCCCCACGUUCAUCGCUAUGGACCAAGCCCGCAAGGUUCUACUGAUUGGUAAAUCCAUCAACUUCCUGCAUCAGGUUUGCCACGACAGAACGCCGCCGAGCAAAAUCACACCAGCGUCCAAAUCUGCUGACACGCCUAAAGAUGCUGCUGAGCUGCUGUCAGACCUGGAGGGGGCCUUCCAGGAGAAGAUCGAUGCUGCCUACUUUGACACCAGCAAAUACCUGCUGGACGUUCUGAACCGCAACUACCUGUUACUUGAGCACCUGCAGGCCAUGAGGAGAUACCUGCUGCUGGGCCAGGGAGACUUCAUCAGACACCUCAUGGACCUGCUUAAGCCGGAGUUGGCGCGUCCCGCCACCACUUUGUACCAGCACAACCUGACGGGGAUCUUGGAGACGGCAGUCAGAGCCACCAACGCCCAGUUUGACAAUGCCGAGAUCCUCAAGCGGCUGGAUGUUCGUCUGUUGGAGGUGUCUCCUGGGGACACAGGCUGGGAUGUUUUCAGUCUAGACUACCACGUGGAUGGACCCAUUGCUACGGUCUUUACAAGGGAAUGUAUGGGCCACUACCUCCGCGUCUUCAAUUUCUUGUGGAGGGCAAAGAGGAUGGAAUACACGCUGACUGACAUCUGGAAGGGACAGAUGUGCAAUGCCAAGCUGCUCAAGACUAUGCCUGAGCUGUCCGGCGUGUUGCAUCAGUGUCACAUCCUGGCCUCCGAGAUGGUCCACUUCAUCCACCAAAUGCAGUACUACAUCACCUUCGAGGUGCUGGAGUGCUCCUGGGACGAGCUGUGGAACAAAGUAAAGCAGGCUCAGGAUCUGGACCACAUUAUUGCUGCUCACGAAGUCUUCCUGGACACGAUCAUUUCGAGAUGUCUCCUGGACAAUAACAGCAGGUCUCUGCUGAACCAGCUGAGAGCCAUAUUUGACCAGAUCAUCGAGUUUCAGAACGCCCAGGACACUCUGUACCGCUCGGCCCUGGAGGAGCUCAGCCUAAGACUGCAGUUUGAAGAGAAGAAGCAGCGGAGAGAGGAGGAGGGUCAGUGGGGAGUGACGGCCGAACAGGAAGCAGAGGAGAAGAGGAGGAUUCAGGAGUUCCAGGAAAGCAUUCCUAAGAUGCGCGCCCAGCUCCGUAUCCUCACCCACUUCUACCAGAGCAUUGUCCAGCAGUUCCUGGUGCUGCUGAUGACCAGUUCGGAUGAGAGUCUGCGUUUCCUCAGCUUCAGACUGGACUUCAAUGAACACUACAGGGCUAGAGAGCCGAGGCUGAGAGCUUCACUUGGUGCCACACGAGGCCGACGGCUGUCAAACAUCUGACGGGACACGCUCGGCGUUGACAAGUGGCUGCUGGUGACAUCAGAGUCAGACUGAUUAGCAGGACUUCCGUGCUUCACAUCAGGAUGAUGUCAUGCCUUGGAGGACCCUGUCCAGUGCUGCUCUGUGCUCGGCGUGCACGGCGUGUGAUAUGCGUGUACCAAGUGAUGACAUCACCGCGGGGAAGCUCCGCAGAAAACCCUGAGUUUAAGUCCAGCAACACGAACUUUCGAAGCAGAGUAAACGCGCCCUAAUCAGACCGAGCAACGUUCAGCACAGAUCCUGUAAGCGGUGAGGUCAGUCUGGGAGGUUUGAGGUUGUGGAGACGAGACAACGCUGCUGUUAGAGUCACCGCCCACCGUCCACGGCAUGCCUUAUUAACGAGAGGAAACCAACGACUUCUCCGCGUGGUUGCCAAACACACAAUGUAUGUACAUAGAGUUUAUGCAAGUGUCUGUGUGUGUUCAACACAUUAGCACGUCUGGCUCUUCACGUCCCUUUAGGGUUCGACCGAUAUGGGUGACAUCAUUUUUCAAUUUUUAUAUUUGUAGCGGUUAUUAAAAUGAGUAAUUGUUGAACAUUCAUACACAGAAAAACAGAAUGCUGAAUGCGAAUUCCUCAGAUCCAGGGUUUUUUUUUAAAUGCAAAACACCAACACCUUCAGACAGUGUUUCAAAGGCAAAAGUCGGUCAUGCAGACAAGUUCUCAUUUAUUCUCCAUUAAACAAGAGUUUGCUGAUUUAUAAAUAGUUUUGUUUUUUGAGACAGGAAAAGCACCAUUUUACUUCAUCAUUUUGACUCGUCCUCCUGUUUCCCUCUCUUUUGUCUGUACGAGAUGGAUCAUGAAAAACAAUCCUCACUACAACGCAGCGACCUCACUUCCCUGUCACGGAAUAGAAACUAUACCUGUAAAUAACUCCCAAAGGAAACGCAGCUUUAAAGGAAUUAUUGGUCCUAAAUGUGCAACAUGAGCAGUUUAUUUUUCUGAAAAGAGCCUCAUCCAGCAUUCACAGAAGAUCGUUUUUAAGUUUAAUGCGAUUGACAAGCAGUUUAAAUUAAAGUUGCAAUUCUCUGCUGUGACCUGAACCCAACAAGUCACAGCAGCAGCCCCAACCUGCGUGUGUGUGUGUGUGCGCGUGCGUGUGUGUGUGGUUUUGUCUGGAGUGAACCUUUUUUCACAUUACUACACAUUCAGAUGCUUUUACGCUACAGCUGUUUGUCAAGUAGCAUCUUCAUUAUCAGAUUAUACAGUAAAUUCUAUUGUACGAUAAUCGUGUGGUGAGAGCGUUGCCCAAAGCAACAUACAUGUAUUCAACUCACAGAAUGUUGAACGUUUUUCCUUCCUUGCUCCGUUGCUCUAAUCUCGAUGAACUCGAUAAAGCAGAGAAAUAUUAAACAUCUACUCUGUGACUAAAAUGAAGGUGAGGACGUGGUUGCCUCCUGUGAUGCCCCCAAACCCCCCCCAGCGUCACUUCUGCUCACGCUCUGUGCAUAUGUGCAGUCAGUCACAGCAGUGCUGCACAUGGCCUGUAGACCAGCAAACUGCUUUCUGAAGGAUCACCACUGUAAACCCCAGACUGGACCUGGCUAGCAGUGCUGCACUGCCUGUCUCUUCUCUGCGUGGUUUAGCACAUAAUGUACAGAACAUACAAACAAUCCAGCUUAUUCUUUAAUAAAACCUUUUCUAGUA